GACUCGAGCCGUUUCCGGUCUGGGUGACGGAGCGGAGUUGCCGGCGGCGGAGAGCGGGUCCCGCAGCGCUUUCCGUGGGUGAGAGAGGACACCGACACAGGACCCAGAGAGACAGACAGACAGACAGACCCUGACCCGGUGCGAUAAUAACCGGCUCUGCUGCAGCAGCUCCACUUCAAACAUGUUUGCCUUCAAUAUGUUUGACCAAGCAAUUCCACAUGCUUUUCGGAAUCGCUUCUCAACACAGUACCGAUGCUACUCAGUGUCGAUGUUUGCAGGCAGUGACCGAUCAGAUGUAGAGAAAGGAGGAAAAAUCAUUAUGCCACCGUCUUCUUUGGAUCAGCUGAGCCGUCUCAGCAUCACAUAUCCCAUGCUGUUCAAACUCGCCAAUAAAAGAACUGAACGGGUGACACAUUGUGGAGUCUUGGAGUUUGUGGCAGAAGAGGGUAUAUGUUACCUGCCUCACUGGAUGAUGCAGAAUCUACUGCUGGAGGAAGGAGGAUUGGUCCAGGUGGAAAGUGUUAACCUCAUGGUCGCCACUUACUCGAAGUUUGAGCCACAGGCUCCGGACUUCUUGGAUAUCACCAAUCCCAAAGCUGUACUGGAAAAUGCUUUGAGAAACUUUGCCUGUUUGACUACUGGAGAUGUCAUAGCCAUCAACUACAAUGAGAAGAUCUAUGAGCUUCGGGUCAUGGAAACAAAACCAGACACGGCUGUCUCCAUCAUUGAGUGUGAUAUGAAUGUGGAUUUUGAUGCUCCACUAGGAUACAAAGAGCCAGAGAGGUUUAGCAAGCAUGAGGACUCCUUGGAUCUUGACCCUGAGGAGGCUGCCUUUUUGGCAGCUGAUUUAGGAUUCCGAGCAUUCACUGGUUCUGGCAACCGGCUGGAUGGGAAGAAGAAAGGUGUUGAACCCAGUCCAGCUCACAUCAACCCAGAGGACAUUAAAAGAGGAAUCCCAAACUAUGAUUUUAAAAUAGGAAAAAUUACCUUCAUCAGGAACUCGCGACCACAGCCCAGACGACUGGAUGAUGAGGCUGGGACCAGCAGGUUUGUUGCUUUUUCUGGAGAAGGACAGUCUCUGCGCAAAAAGGAAGAAAGCCGUAGAACACAAAGCACUUUGCUGGAGGAAAAUGGCCUUUCCCAUUUGGACAUGGAAGUUUGGAAUUUACAAAACCUUCUCCAAUUGGAAUUCUUUGCACUAUCCCUCCCAAAGACUGAAUUUUUAUUUACUGCAUAUGAUGGUUUCACACGGACAAGUAAUUUGGGAUUGAAGUGAUUGGUUUAAGAUUGGACAUGUCUUGUCCCUGAAGUACAUGAUGCAGUCAGAAUAAGAAACUUUGCUGAACGCUAUUGUGACUGUUUGUAAAACUUUUGCCCUGUAGAUAUCUUGGUUAAGUAAACAUCUUCUGAUAUUUUUGGACUUGUCAUUUUUCAAGUUGUUUCACAUUAUUAUUGUGUGCAUAUAAUCUACCUAUUAGUCCUCCAUGUCAUUUUAUCACUUAGAGUGGGAUUAAUUCAAUCUUGUAUCAUUUAAAAGCAGAUUGUAUGAUUUAAAUUAAUUGAUUGUUUCUCCAUGGUGAUCAAAGCCCAAUUUUAACAACUAUUCUUACGUGAUCAUAUAUGGAAGCUAGUCAUGUUGUUUUAUCAUAUUAAACUGUAAAUCCGAACUCCCAAGGCCGAAAACCUGAAGGAGAAAGGAUAAUAAAGCUCCUUGAACAUACAAAA